GAGUACAUGGGCAGUCUCAAGGAGAAUCGUAAGCAGAAGCCGUUGGGUUCUGGGUCGGCACGUCUGCGGGUGACUCUCUGUCAUCCUGCAUUUCUGAGUCCUGCCGCAGCGGCACCAGGUGAAUCUGUGCGAUUUGGCGAACCACGAAUCCUGAUCGACGAGCGAACGUACACCGCGAUGGUUCUAGCGGAGAGAAAUUCCGAAAAUGUACGAAACGGCCGUAGGUCACGAGGCCCCAGCCCUAACGCACAGACCGAAUCAUCCAGCGAGGAGGAAGGAGUUCCAGCAGAAAAGAUAAGAGUUGGACGAGAUUAUCAGGUCGUUGUCCCAGAAUUUGUUCCUGUUAACGAACGUCGAUUGGAUCAGUGUCCUGAUAGGGCCUUAUUAGUUUGGUCACCUACUACUGAUAUACCAGAUCAGAAACUGGACGAAUAUAUUAUACUGGCUAAAGAAAAAUACGGUUAUAAUGGAGAACAGGCAUUGGGAAUGCUAUUUUGGCAUAAACAUAAUUUAGAACGUGCGGUCUUGGACCUGGCGAAUUUUACUCCAUUUCCUGAUGAAUGGACGGUUGAAGAUAAAGUAUUGUUUGAACAGGCAUUCCAAUUUCAUGGAAAGAGUUUCCACCGAAUUCGGCAAAUGCUACCUGACAAAUCUAUUGCGAGCCUCGUGAAAUACUACUAUAGCUGGAAGAAAACGCGAACUAGGACAUCAUUGAUGGACAGGCAAGCACGUAAAUUGACGAGCGGUUGCAAAGAAGGCGAGAAUGGCAGCGAAAAUGGAAGUGAACUCGGUUCCAACACAGAUAGCGAAUCCGAAGAAAAAAAAUGGACGAUCCACCGCGGAAUACGUCGUGGAAAGAACCAAGCUGUGCCAGGAAGCCAAGGCACUGACGCUAAGGCCCCAUCCGACUCGGAAAACGCCCCUCAGGUUCAGGGCUCGUGUAGCAACUGUGGCGUUGCAUGCCAUAGUGUUCGUGCGACGCCCAAAGGACACGCGUGUCAUAGCUGCUAUCUACAUUGGAGGCGCACCGGUGUAGCAAGACCGUUAACUUCCAUGCCGGGUCGUACGAAUAAAAGAAAACCACCCCGGGGUUUGGUUGUGAAUCAUGAUGAUUUGGCGGCUUUGGCUGGUCAACCAAAUCAAGCCAACAACAGUUUGCAAGCUAUCGAUACUGAGAUCGUUAGCUUAAAACGUCAAAUACAAGCUAACAAACAACAAGUAAGCGCACUAAAGCGAAAAACAACUGAUGGUAUCGAUCAUCUACGACCGCCAGAGGUAUCAAGUCGUAUAAAUGCUCGCUGGACAAAUGAUGAAUUGUUGUUAGCCGUUCAAGGCAUUAGAAAAUAUGGAAAAGAUUUCGCUGCAAUCGCUGAAGUUAUCGGAACCAAGACCGAAGCUCAUUUGCGAUCAUUUUUCGUGAACUAUCGACGAAGAUAUAAUUUGGAUGCAGUUUUAAAGGAAUUUGAAGCUGAAAAUGGUCCCAUUCUUAUCGAUGAUGAAAAAGAAGAAAAGAUGGAUAUUGAUCAAUCAAAUGAUAUGGCAGAAUCAUCUCAAAAGGGAAAAACAUCCACUGGGCCUGGGCAAGUUGCUAAAUAACAAAUGAGUAUAAUUUCAAAUACAAAACGAGAAAAGAAUAAUUGCAGGCUUAAUGAUAACAAUCGAUAAUAGUAUGGAAAGUUAAUGAAAUUUAUCUAUUCUUUUCUUUUUGUUUUUUUAUUCAAGAGCAUGAAAUUAAAUCUAAAUUUAAUUACAUCAUCAUCAAAUUGUAUGUAUGUGAAUCAUAUAAAAGAUUAUCUAAUAUUUAUUUUGAAAUAAAUCUACAUUUAAUAACAUUCUUAGUGAGUUUAUCUUUUAUACCAAAGAGGCUAA